AGUGUAGCCCCAUCAGUGCUACCUGUCAGUGCUCAUCAAUGCCACCUGUAAGUGCCCAUCAAUGCCACAAACCAGUGCCAGUCAGUGCCGCCUAUCAGUGCCAUGCCAUAUGAGUGUUGUCUUUUAGUGCCCAUCAGUGAUGCCUGUCAAUGCCCACAAGUGAUGCCUGUCAAUGCCCAUCAGUACCUCCUCAUCAGUGCCACCUAUCUGUGCCCAACAGUGCCGCCUAUCAGUGCCUAUCACUGCAGCCUCAUUAGCGCACAUCAGUGAAGGAGAAAAAUUACUUAUUUACAAAAUUUUAUAA